UUUGCAAGUCACAAAUAAUUGAAAGCAGACAUUGAGAAGAAAGGAGGGCAACAGCCAACACCUUGUUAUGCACAGGAUAUAAAGUCAAGAUGGCUGGCCACUAUAUAAAAGGUGGAAUCCUAAUUCUUACACUAAUAUGUGCAGCUCUUUCAGAUGAUUCCAACAAUCUUGCAUCUAUUCCAAACAAUUUGUCACAAAAUGCAACACAACUAAAUUUGAGCUACCAUCAAAUUAAACUCAAUGGCCAAGACAUCCAGGUUCUUAAAAAUUACAAAUGGCUGACUGAACUUUACCUGAACAAAAACAACAUUUCGGACCUUCCUGAAAAUGCCUUCAGUGCGCUUCCUAAACUGAAGAUUCUCAGCCUUGAAGACAACGUCAUCAGUCGAAUGAUGCCAACGUCAUUUCAGGGUCUGAGCAGCUUGCAAGAGCUUUACCUGUGCCACAACAAAAUUGAAAUUCUGCCCCCUGACAUUUUUAAAAACCUUACCAAUCUGAAGAAGCUUACGCUUUGUGGAAACAAGCUGCAAGCCAUGAAAGAGGACACAUUAAUGCCACCAAAUCUUGAAGAGCUGGACUUAAGGAGUAAUCCCUGGAAUUGUACUUCUGGAUUUGUUCACCUACUGAAAUUAUUACAAAAUCACGUUAAACUAGAACUGGAUCUCAGUACAACAAUUUGCUCAUCACUCUGCACGCCUAAAGUACUAGCAGCUGCCUCAACAACUUCAAGCCCUACAACCAAAAAUGGCAAAUUGAAGGACUGGGUAUCAACCGAAUCUACCAAAUCCCUAAACAAGUCACGCUAUCUAGAUAAAGAUACACAUGAAGCCCAACCAACUGGGGCCAGCUGGAAUUUCCUGAUCGGCGUGGUUGUGGCUGCACUUAGCACCACUUUCGUCACCUUGUGUGCUGUAAAGUUUCCAGCAUGGUACAAAUACUUAUUUAGUUACCAGCAUUUACGACUCCGAGAAGAGGAACCAGAAAUGUUUACACCUGGCCAGCGCACGGAUCUCGACAUAUUCUCCAUACAACCCACAAGCAACAUAGAUGUUCUGAGGAAUGCGACAUUGUCCUAUGAGACUAUGCCCAAAUUCACAGAAGAUGAGGAUGAUGAUGGCUUUAUUGAAGACAAAUAUAUUGAUGCAGCAGAAUAUAAAAAUAACCAAGAGUCCUAGUAUUCCUUCAUCAACACUAAUUCAAUAGGA